AUGGGGGUGCCUCCCAUUUCAGGUAGACUCUCUGCCAACAGGUUCCUGGCCAUCUGGUGGCCACUCAAGUGCCAGAUCACGAAGCGUAGAGCACGGUUCAUGAUCGUGCUCAUAUGGGUGUUUGCGCUCACCACAACCAUUCCCUGGGCCGUUUUCUUCGACCUGGUGUCCAUCUUCAGGGACGCUCCAGAGAUACAACUUUGCCUCGAAGUGUGGCCCGACUCCAUGGAUGGUGAUCUCUACUUCCUCAUCGGCAACCUCGUGUUCUGCUACAUCCUGCCUAUGAUACUCAUCUCCCUCUGCUAUGUCCUCAUAUGGAUCAAGGUGUGGCGGCGCGACAUCCCUACUGACACGAAAGACGCACAGAUGGAGCGGAUGCAGCAGAAGUCAAAGGUGAAGGUGGUGAAGAUGCUUGUAGCCGUGGUGAUUCUGUUCGUCUUGUCCUGGCUGCCACUUUAUGCCAUCUUCGCGCGCAUCAAGCUGGGAGGACGCACCUCGCGCUGGGAAGAAGACAUGUUGCAGGUGGUGACGCCCAUCGCCCAGUGGCUGGGCUCCUCCAACUCGUGCAUCAACCCCAUCCUGUACGCCUUCUUCAACAAGAAGUACCGCCGCGGCUUCGUCGCCAUCCUCAAGUCCCGGCGCUGCUGCGGCCGCCUGCGCUACUACGAGUCCGUCAUGAUGUCCUCGUCGGCCAGCCUGCGCAAGUCGUCGUACUACGUCAACAACAACAACUCGACCCGCCGGCCGCCGCCCGGCCAGGACACGUCCGUAUCCUACAUCUUCAACAACACCGGCGUGUAGCGGUAGUCCCGGCGGGGUCCCGGCGGGGUCUAGCUUGGCCGAGGUAGUUGUCGGUCGGUCGGGAGAGCCACACGGCCUCCAUUGUUCCCACUUGGUGGUUUCAGGCCGCCACGUGGCGUUCCGAGUCGGGCCGCUGGCCGCAGAACGCAUGUCCAUUCUGACCACAUUGUCUACACGCCCGUGACUGGCGCACACUUGGGAUGGCCUUCGCGUACGAAAGAACAUGGUUUCUUUUCACAGGCAUUCAUAGUUUCGUGCACCAUUACACUUUAAAACAGGGUAAGCCGCUAAUAUAUUCUUCUUAAAAAAACAAAACAAUUACUUAUAGCAAGCUACGUUUGCAAACUGUACUGUCACUUUUCUAUAAGCAAUAAUUUAAAUCAUUCGACAGUGUGAAACAUUUUUUUUUUUUAAUUUGAGUUGUAUUAAUGUUUCGACAUUGAUUUAAUAAUUAUUUAUCUUUCAACGUAUUAUAUUAACCAUGUCGUAAUUAAUAUUUUCUAUUAUUAAAAUUUAUUUUCUAAUGUAUGUUUGUUCUUAAAGUGUACCUUUUUUUAUUUUAUUAUAAAGUUUAGUGCUUAUUGUGAAUUAUGUACAUAUGUUAUCUUGAAUCCUAGUCACUUCUAUCAAAAUGAACACUGGGUCCUUAAAUCUGCGUAGGUACUUGUGGAAGUAUUGUGGAGUACUAUACCAAUCUCCAGCUAAUAGCUGCAACACCAUUACAGUGGUUGGAAGCCACCGUGUGGUUUAUGUUUUAGAAGGUUCCUUAGCAAAUAUAAUUGAAACAAAAAGUUAUCUGGUUUAUUAGUGGUUUGGAGAAGAACUAAU